UACUGUCGCAAAAAAUUCCAGAGGAGGCACUCACGGUUAAGAUAAACCUUGUGAACAUCGAUCAAGAAGAUUGGAUCUUACAUGCCCAAUUAAAAGAUGAAAGAUGCAACACUAUCAUAGAUCUGCUGUCGAAAUCUCCAUCAGAUAAGGAAGAAAAAGAUAUCCAUCAAAACUACUGCAUUGUAAACAAUAGACUAUAUCGAAAAACUUCAGAAGGCAAAAGGUGGGUUGCUCCACGGCAAGCCCGCAGGCAGGUUGUUUUGCAUUAUCAUUAUGGAACUGGUCACAUGUCAGUAGAAAAGACUAUUUCGGCAAUAUCUCAAUUAUACUGGUUCUCAGGUAUGAUAAAAUAUGUUAAGAAAUACAUUGGAGGUUGUCUAGAAGGCUUAUAUAAUAAGGAACCUGGUGAAAAGCAAAAACCUGGACUUGUGCAUUCUAUUGAGAAGGUUGCAGUACCUUUUGAUACACUGCAUAUAGAUCAUCUAAGUCCAUUUGUAAAGUCAAAACGAAGGAACUCUUAUCUCAUUGUCAUCGUCGAUGCUUUCACUAAGUUCUUUUUUAUGAAGGCUGUGCAGUCCACCAAAGUUACCCCGGUGAUUACUUUUUUGAAAAGUGCAAUUGAAUUCUUUGGUGUAGCAAGAAGAAUAAUUAGCGAUGGAGGUUUUUGCUAUACUUCCCAACGAUUCAAGGAUUAUUGUACAUCACUUAAAAUAAAACAUGUUCUGAAUUCCACUGCUGCUCCUAAAGUAAACGGACAAGUGGAAAGGUAUAAUUGUACAAUAGUAGCUUCUUUAUCAUCCUGCAGUGAAGACGAGAUUACUUGAGAUGAAUUGGUUCCAAAUUGGGGAUUGAAUUCAACGAAGAAUUCAACCACAAAAAAAAACGCCCUACGAAGUAAUGUUGGGUUACCAACCAAGAGGUAUAGCCGAUGCUGUUCUGGCCAACGAAGUGUCAUUACAGGAGGCAGACCGGGGCGAUCUAUCGAAAAUAUGUGCGGACGUCAAACGAAUGACUGAUGCAAACCUGGUCAAAUAAAAGCAAACAUUUGACAAAGUGAUUGAAUUCAACGAAGAAUUCAAGCGGACGUCAAACGAAUGACUGAUGCAAACCAGGUCAAAUAAAAGCAAAUAUUUGACAAAGUGAUUGAAUUCAACGAAGAAUUCAAGCGGACGUCAAACGAAUGACUGAUGCAAACCAGGUCAAAUAAAAGCAAACAUUUGACAAAGUGAAUGAAUUCAACGAAGAAUUCAAGCGGACGUCAAACGAAUGACUGAUGCAAACCAGGUCAAAUAAAAGCAAACAUUUGACAAAGUGAUUGAAUUCAACGAAGAAUUCAAGAGGACGUCAAACGAAUGACUCCCUAAUUACCUGAUCCUUAUAUCAUUAAAAAGGGUUUUAGAUCAUGAUCGUUACGUAAUCGAGGAUCCUCAAGGUUCCGUGAGAUCUCAAAAGAAAAAUGAAGGUGUGUCAUCUAACGAUAAGAUGAAACCUUUCAAUACUGACGUCAGUUCUGAAUCCAAAGGGGAUUUGGAUCCUAACGAAACGGAUCUCCAAGAUAACGAGCGAUCCACAGUUAUUGUGAUCAAGGCUAGCUGUACAAAAAAAAUUACGUAUGUCUUGUUUCAAUCUGAAUUUAUAUCAUUGGUUUAUCAAUUAAUUUUGAUUAACAUUAUAAAACAGAAAAAUCAGUCAAAACCUUUAACACAGAACUUUAAUCAGAAAUAAAAAGAAUUAAUGAAAUUAUAGGUAACCUAACUUUUCUUGUUAAUUUGACGUACACUGCAAAGUUGACGUAAACUGGAAAAUAUAUGUGAAUUAAGAAUAGACAUGCGCUGUAUAGCUAUCUCUGUAAUUUAGAGCCAGCUGUGAUGGCAAUAAUUUUGGAUCACACGUUAGCUAGCUACAAGAGUUCUAACGAAACGAACUUAUAAGAGUCCUAACGAAACGGAUCUCGAAGAUAGCUAGCAACAGAACUCUUACGAAACGAGUUCUUAAAGAGUCCUAGGCGAGUUCUAAAGAAACGAACUUAUAAGGGUCCUAACGAAACGGAUCUCUUAAGAUGGUUGACCACAAAAGUAUAAGAAACUAGCUCUUAGACCACGGCUCUUCCAACCCAUGGUAAGGGGUUUGGAGAGGGCAAGUUCUAAAGAAACGAACUUAUAAGAGCUCUUUUCUUACUAUAGGUACCUAUUGCAUGUUUUGCUUAAUGGAAUUUACUAAUGAGGCGAACUUAUAAGAGUUGUUUUCUUAUUGCAGGUAUUGCAUAUUUUAGAGGCAAACUUAUAAGUCUUGUACUCUUAUGGUCUUAUACUCUUAUCUUACAACUCUUAGAGUUGUUGUCUUGCUAUUAGUAUAGCAUGUUUACCUAUUGCAUGUUGUUUUUAAUGUAAUUUACUAAAGAAUCGAACUUAUGAGAGUUGCUUUCUUAUUGCAUAAUUUAGAAGCGAACUUAUAAGAGUUGUUUUCUUACUAUGGGUGUAGCAUGUUUUUUUAAAGAAAUUUACUAGCUGUAGAUCUUAAGCUAAUAUUUCAGGUCCAACUUAAGAUGAACUGGAUGGAUGACUCCUGUUAGAUUUAAUGUAAAAUUAUUAGAUAGUAGUCCCAUUAUUAAUAGGGCAUGUGUCUUAUUUAUUUCAUAGUCUUGUCUUUUAAAGUUAACAUGUUUUUUAUG